AUGUCUAUUUGCUUUUCUUCAUCUUACUAUUCAUUUCUCUUUUGUCCUUUUUCUCCAGUUCCGUCUCCAUCUCCUCCUACUCCUCCUCCUCCUUCUUCUUUUCUCCUUCUUCUUUUCUUUAAAUUCUUGAGGAUUUCCGUCUCCUCCUCCUCCUCCUUCUUCAUCAUUUCACUUCUUAAUCAUGACUUUAUCUUCAUUUCUCAUUCAAUUCAUCUUUUGCUUUUUUUCUUUUCCGUCAUCUUUCUACUCUGCUUUUUAAACUUCUUCUGUCUCUCCUUCUUUUUCUUUCUCCUCCUCUUCUUUUUCAUCAUCAUUCUUCUCCACUUUUUUAGUUAUUUUUCUUCGUUUUCUUCUUCUUGUAAUAUAGUCUUCUUGCUUUUUCGUCAUCACGCUACUGUUCCUUUAUUAACUUCUUCUCCUUCUUCUUCUUAUCCUUCUUCUUUUUCUUUUUCUUCUUCUUCUCCUUCUCGUAAUAUAGUCAUUUUUUUCUUUUUCAUCAUUCUACUCUUCCUUUUAUGUUCUUUUUCUUCUUCUUCUUCUUCUUCAUCUUAA